CCUCUGGAAAUUUCGCGCAGCGACCUCCCCCGGGUCUUCUUCCUUCCUCCUCCCAAGCUUCGAGCGAACAGCCGAGAAAAAGGAAGCGGAGUAGCGGACGGGAGACCAGGAGUCAAGGACCAGGGAGAUAAUCGAGGCCUCGAAUCGGUCGACGCGACGAGAUGUCUUCGCCAGCCGAGUACUACAAUUCACUUCCACCAAUAAGCAAGGCAUAUGGGACAUUGUGUUUCUUUACCACCGUCCUGUUUCAUCUCCAUAUACUGAACCCAGAAUUUAUUGGCUUAUAUUACCCCUUUGUAUUCAAGAAAUUUGAGGUUAGCUUCUGUUUUCUGUUUCCUUUUUUCUUCUACCAAUUGCACCACAUUUGUACAGUUUCACAUUCUUCAGUUUUGCCUGCAAAAGUUUGUAAGUCUGCAUAGGAGGGAUGUUGCUGCUAGCGUAUAUCAUAACAGUUGCAACGUACUGCUUUUUUUAAUAGAAGAGCGGGGAGGAGGGCCCUACUAAAUAAUUAUAUAUUAAGCAUUUGUGUUAUUGUGUAUACAAAAGGUGUACAAAAAGGAUACAUGGGAAACACACAUUUCAAAGCAAACUUAAGAUUAUCAAUUACCUAGCCUUUAAAUUUAAUGAAGCCUAGGAAAAAAGAUAUGGCUCACUUUUUCUUUAAAGAGAUCCAUGUCAGAAAUUAACCUUACCUUCCAUCAAUGUGUAUUGGGAGGAACUUCCUUUGCAUGGAAACAUCCCAAAGUUAUUAGUUCCUUAAGAUUUAAUGCUUUUCCUUGGCAGCCGUACCUAGAGAGAUGUAACACUGAAUGACAAUCAAGUCACAGCAACUCUUUACUAACUGGCAAUCAAAGAAUAAAUGACCCCUUCUAAAUUAUUACCUCUGCAUAGUAUCCAGAAUUUAGGUUGGGGAGGAUAAUAAGGAUUUAAGGAUUUAUUGUUCCUCAAUUUGCAUUAUCUGUUGCAGCAUCUCUCUCUGCUGUAUGUUCUAUAAAAUGGAUCAGAGUAUCUUCUUAUCAAUUUAAUCUGCGCUGCAGUCUGUUGUGAUAAGGUAGAUCUAGGGAUAGCACGAAGAACCUGUUUGUCGCCCUCCCUUGGAGGCUCUGACUACUUUUAGGGUUCUUCUUGCUUGCCUCAACUGAUACAAAGGUGUCUCUUUUAUAGAGACGACUGACUUGACCCCUAAGCAAUAUCCUAACCGAAUCAAUCUAACUUAUCUCUUUCCUAACAAACCCAACGAAUCCUUAUUCCCGGCACUGUUCACGUGGUACUGUUCACGCAGUACAGUACCGCAUGGGCCCUAGACCGGCUCCACUUGCCAUAACAUGUUGCCUGCUUAUUUCUUAUCCAUGUUUUAAAAUAAUAUUUUUGGGCCUUACAGAUAUGGAGGUUAUUUACAAAUUUCUUUUUUCUGGGCCCGUUUUCCAUCAACUUUGGUAUUCGUCUUCUGAUGAUGUAAGUUCAAGUUUUUUUCAGACACCAAUUGUUGAACAAGUUACUUCAACAAUAUUAUCAAUAUUUAGCUUGCAGCAGUUGUUUGAAAUUGAUUUACUUAUUUUGGCAUAUAGAGCAAGGUAUGGUGUGCAGUUGGAAAAGGGUGCGUUCGAAAAGCGGACUGCAGAUUUCUUGUGGAUGAUGAUAUUUGGUGCCAUCUCACUACUGGUACUGUCAGCUAUUCCCCUAUUUAAGCUUUCAUUCUUGGGAAUACCUAUGGUCAGCAUGCUUCUGUAUGUCUGGAGCCGAGAGUAUCCAAAUUCUCAGAUAAAUAUGUACGGCCUCGUCCAAUUGAGGUCUUUUUAUCUUCCAUGGGCUAUGCUUGGAUUGGAUGUGAUAUUUGGCUCACCAUUACUGCCUGGCUUUAUGGGUAUCAUAGUUGGACAUCUAUACUACUUCCUUGCAGUUUUGCACCCGCUAGCCACUGGAAAGAAUUAUCUGAAGACUCCGAAAUGGGUGCACAGCAUCGUUGCUCGAUACAAAAUAGGUGUGCAGGCAAACUCUCCGGUCCGACCAGCAGCCAACGGUGGUACCGGUGCCUUCAGAGGAAGAAGCUAUAGACUCAAUCAAUAGAUUGACCAGGAUAGCUCAUCUUAUAAUGUGAUGCUGUUGGGACUGCAAUGUAGAGCAGAGCUCACAGCUCAGGACAUACAAGUUUAAGGGUUGCUCUCUUAGGGGCUCUAGAAAAAUCUGGGCUUGUUACACUUACACGGAAUGGCGAAUCUUUCGAGUGCUGAUUUAGUUCCUGAAAAUUAUCCGCUUCCAUGUUCUACAUAUAAAAUUGUGUAAUGCCCGUUUGUCUUGUACACUACCUGUACAAAUAACUGUGCACCCGCCUGGUUUUUGUGGGAGAAUAUUACAUUUAUAUGGGCCGAGCUGUUUUGU